AUGAAGACAAUGUCGUACGCGCUCACCACUCGCGACAUCGACUGCCUCGAGAGGCUGCAGCUCGAGCUUGAGUUAGAGAGCACGUACGCCGUGGGCAAUGGGCAGUUUGGGCCGAGCGACGCCGAGACCAUGCUGCCGAGUUCGCGCAACAUGCCCGGCCACUGCGAGCUCCCGCUGAACACGAAGGACAGCGCCGCCGAGCUGCAGGAGGCCGUCUCGAGCAACAUCAACAACACCCUGAACAACAGCUUCUUCUCCAUAUAUGGCGGUAUCAACGGCAUAUGGGACAAGAACUCGAGCUCGGCCAACUCCUGGCGCAACAGCGCCAAGGAGCUGGCGAACCGUUCCACCACCUUCGAGGAUAUCUUCCGCCGGUCGUUCUACGACGAGUACCAGAGCCUGUUCAGCCACGACGAAAAUUUGGAGCGCUACAGCGGCUUCUCGUCCCUGGCGUCCACGGACGGCACCGGCCUCUCGGAGCGGCUGAUCGAGGACACCCUGAAGACGGCUUUUGACCUGCCGCCGCAGGAGAACACGCCGAAGCCUGUUGAGGAGCAUCCUGUUCGUGCGGUGCAGAAAAACCAGCGCAGCGCUCAUCCUUCGUCAGGCAAGUCACGCAAAGGCUCAAAGCAACCCCCCCGCGACGAAGUGAAGGAGCCCGAAGCCAACGGCCGCAAAGAGGCAAGGGCCCAGGAGAAGAAGCGGCCGAACGCCUGGAAGACAAACAAGAAUGCCGGUGGCACUCCCCAUGGUGCGGGAUCCAACGCCCGCUCCGAAUUCACGGAAGCCGGCAGCAUCAACAACAUUUUGGAGGCGUCUGAAAUUUGGCUGAGGCACACCACUGGCUCCAACAUGUACAACAAGAAGGGCCUCCUGAAGAAACCCUUUCCCAACCAGGAUAAGUUUUCCUUGGGUGUGUCGUGA